AUGGCCGCACCAUCUUCCACCCUGGUGUUCAAGGUCCACAGGCGCGAACCGGAGCUGGUCCGACCGGCCAAACCGACCCCAUACGAGGUCAAGCUCCUCUCCGACAUUGACGACCAGCAAGGGCUCCGAUUCCACAUCCCUGUGGUUCAGUUCUACAAGCACGCGCCUUCCAUUCGUGGGAAGGACGACCCCGUGGCAGUGAUCCGGCGGGCGUUGUCAGAGACACUUGUGCCUUACUAUCCGUUCGCCGGUCGCCUGAGGGAAGGGCCCAACCGGAAGCUCAUGGUGGAGUGCACCGCCGAAGGCGUGCUGUUCGUCGAGGCCGACGCCGAUGUCCGGCUGACGGAGUUCGGGGACCAGCUUCAGCCACCGUUUGCUUGCAUGAAAGAGCUUCUAUUCGACGUCCCCGGCUCUAACGCCGUCCUUCAUUCCCCUCUAUUCGAGAUCUUGGCAUCCUGCCUCUGGAAGUGUCGAACGGUUGCCCUUCGGCCCGACCCCAAAGAAACGAUGAGGAUGAUCUGCCUUGUCAGCAUGCGAGGAAAAUUCUCCUAUCCACCACUGCCCAUAGGUUACUAUGGCAACACCUUCGCCUUCGCGGUGGCAGAGGCACCGGCUGGCGAGCUAUGCCGGAACCCAUUAGGUUAUGCUUUAGAUCUCGUGAGAAAGGCCAAAGGCGAGGUGACAGAGGAGUACAUGAAGUCAGUCGCCGACCUAAUGGCGUUGACAGGACGACCUGAUUUCUUGAAGACAAGGUGGACAUACCUAGUGUCCGAUGUGACAAGGGCCGGGUUUGAGACCGUGGAUUUCGGGUGGGGCCCGCCUGUUUAUGGUGGCCCGGCUGAGCCAGAUGUCGGGCCAGUUCCGGGAUUAGCAAACUUUUGUAUACCGUGUAAGAACAAGGAAGGGGAGGCUGGGAUUGUUCUGGCUAUUAGCUUGCCAACGCAGGCAAUGGAGAGGUUUGUGAAAGAGCUCGAAAGCAUGUUGAAGUCACCACCAAAUGAGACCAAAACGUUUACUCAUGUGAUGUCAGCUUUAUAA